AUGCAGACCGCUGUUCGUUCCGUAGUCCGCGCUUCGGCCCGUCAGAAUCUCCUUUCAUCCCGAGCCGGAGCUCAGGCUGUUCGGUCCGUGUCCACUUGGUCCAAUGUCGUCGAAGGCCCCCCAGCUAUUCUAGGUAUCACCGAAGCUUUCAAGGCCGACAAGAACCCAAAGAAGGUCAACGUCGGUGUCGGCGCAUACCGUGAUGACAGCGGCAAGCCCUAUGUCCUCCCAUCCGUCCGAGCAGCCGAGAAGAAUAUCUUCGCGCGCGGAGCCGAUAAGGAAUACGCUGGCAUUACCGGUGUUCCAGCCUUCACCAAGGCUGCUGCCACCCUUGCCUACGGCCCGGAGUCUGCUCCCUUGAAGGACGGUCGUGUCUGCAUUACCCAAUCCAUCUCCGGCACUGGUGCCCUCAGGAUUGGUGGUGAAUUCUUCUCCAAGUUCUACCCAGGCGAGAAGACUAUCUACAUUCCCGCCCCAUCGUGGCCUAACCACAAGGUUUUGUUCACCAACGCCGGCUUGAAUGUUAAGGAAUACAGGUACUACGACAAGACCGGUAUCAAGCUCGAUGCUGCUGGUAUGCUCGAGGAUAUCAAGAACGCCCCACAGGGUUCCAUCAUCCUCCUCCAUGCUUGCGCCCACAACCCCACUGGUAUCGACCCCACUGCCCAGCAAUGGGACGACAUCUCCAAGUUAGUCAAGGAGAAGGGCCACUUCGCCUUCUUCGAUAUGGCUUACCAGGGUUUCGCUUCUGGUGAUAUCAACAAGGAUGCCGCUGCCAUGAGAAAAUUCGUCGCUGAAGGACACAACGUUGCUGUUGCUCAGUCCUUCGCUAAGAAUAUGGGUCUCUACGGUGAGAGAGUUGGUGCCUUCUCUUUGAUCACCGAUUCGCCAGCGGAGAAGAAGGCUCUCGAUUCUCAGUUGAAGAUUCUCAUCAGGCCAAUGUACAGCAACCCACCUAUCAACGGUGCUCUCAUUGCCAGUGAAAUCCUCAACAGCUCCGAGUUGACAAACCAGUGGCUCGGUGAGGUUAAGGGAAUGGCUGACCGUAUCAUCGUCAUGCGAGACUCUCUCAAGGGCAACCUUGAGAAGCUUGGUUCUCAGAGGGAUUGGUCUCAUAUCACUUCCCAGAUCGGCAUGUUCACCUACACUGGUCUCACCCCAGAACAAGUCGGCCGUCUCGCUCAGGAAUUCUCCAUCUACGGAACCAAGGACGGACGUAUGUCCGUCUCUGGCUUCAACUCUGGAAACGUCGAAUACGUCGCCGAGGCCAUCCACAAGGUCACCUCUUCCUAG